UGGGUGGAUAAAAACAGGAGGGUGAGGCUCCAAACUGUUUGAGGACAGGUGCGUCAAACAUGAACUCUCUCGUAGCAGCCGUGCUCACCGUGUGUGCCCUCGUAUCCAGCGUCCACUGUGCCUCAGAGUCAAUUGCCUGGUGUUAUCAUCUACCAAGCUGCAAUGACAACACCUGGCCAACCAUUUCUCCUCAAUAUUGUAAUGGCAACCAACAGUCACCCAUCAACAUCGUCCCGGCAUCUGCCAAAUUUAAUGCCAACCUGACCGACUUCACCUUUAAAAACUUCAACAGCAUCUCCGCACUAGAAAGCAUCAAAAACACCGGCAAGACGGUCAAGGUUACCUUUGGAAGCGGUGUUCAAGUUUCAGGAGGGGAUCUGUCCGAAGCCUAUGACAGCCUGCAGUUCCACUUGCACUGGGGAAAUGGCUCCUCAGUCCCUGGAUCUGAGCACACUGUGGAUGGCAAGCGCUACCCCAUGGAGUUGCAUAUUGUAAACGUCAAGGCAUCCUAUAAUGGGAACACAACCCAGGCUGUUGCAGACUCCAAAGGACUUGCUGCUCUAGGUUUCUUCAUUGAGGAAAUGUCAGGGACUGCCACUGGCCAACCUGCAAGCUGGAAGACCUUAACUUCCUAUUUGACUAACAUCAAAGACAAAGAUGACUCUGUUUCAAUUGCAUCUGGGAUUUCACUGGACGAUCUCCUGGAUGGGGUGAAUCGCUCAAGGUAUUAUCGUUACCUUGGCUCCUUGACCACCCCUGCUUGCAAUGAGGCCGUGGUUUGGACUGUGUUCAAAGAGCCGAUCAAAGUCAGCAAAGAUUUGAUUGACCUCUUCAGCACAACAAUGUAUGUAACCAACAGCUCAUCACCUUUAAUGACGAAUGUCUUUCGAAAAAUCCAACCCGAGCAACCAGUCACUGAGUCUGCAGGCAGCAGCAUCCGCUCUGCCUCCACAGCCUGGUACUCUCUGGGGCUGAUGGCCCUGAGUCUUGCUCUGGGGAGGAAAUGGUAAUGACUUAUUGUGUUUCUGGUGAACCUGUCCUACCCCGUAAGAUGUUGUCUGAACUUUUUAAAGUUGCUAAUACAUAAAGUCUGCAAUUAACUUUGUAUCAUUAAUGCUCUUAAUUCAACAUGUGGGAGACAAUAUGCAUCUGUGAUCAGUCUUUUCUCAUCCAAGCUAAACUGAGCCUCAACACCACAAGAACAUACUUGUUUUCUAAUUUAGCUCAAUAUAUUAACAAUCUUAAUCACAAAAUUCUUUCAGGAACAUUAAGUGUGAUGAUGGCUACUGCUUAAAUGUAUUUCACCAUCACAGUUUUUAUCAGCUUGUUUUUGUAAUGACAAGCUGUAAGGAAUAAUUAGCCAAAGUAAGUUUUAAAUAUGUAUGCAUGGUUGCAUAAAUGGCAUGGACAAGAGUUUUGAAUUUUGUUAUGCAGCACAGAGGCAAUUUCGCAACAGCUCAUGUAUUAAGUCUACUGAGUAGCUCUACUGAAGUUAAUACAGAAAUGCCAAAAUUCAUAAAUGCAAUCAAAGUGUGAAAGUGUCUUGAUACACUCUAAAUGAGCAUUACAUGUGUCUGUCUUGAGAGCUUCAAAAGCGUUAUAUAUUCAGCAACAAUAGCUGUUUCUAAAAUGGUAGAUAUGAUUUUGUAUAUUACUUCAUUUUGUAACCUGAUUUGCUAUUUUUAGUUCUUGUCGGUGACUUUUGCAGUGAAUAUACUGUAGCAGAUAAAUGUUGCCACGCUGAACACAAAAUGAAACCUGUGCUGCCUCUUUCAGUUGGUGUGAUGAAGGACUGACUGUGUCAGUACAAUGAACACCAUCAUCACCUUUUUGACCUUUAAACCCCUUGUUAGAUAUCCUUAUAUUAAAAUGUUGUGAUGUCAGUCAUUUUUCAGCAAUCUUACUUUUAUUGUUUAAAACUAUUUCUUAAAAAGGGAUUAUGCAUUGGUGGUUGUUGACAUGUUGAUUAAAUGCUAAUUUUGCUCAUCA